GCCCUCUGAAGCUGGGGAGCACCUCCAGCCACAGGCAGCGUGCCUGGGUUCCAGAUGCCAAGGGGCCAUGCUCCAUGGUCUUUGACAGAGCUCUCUACGUCUUUCUGAGGCCUGGGAUCUAAAGAGGCUGGCCCCUGAAAGGACACUCUCCAAGUCCCCAGCGGGGGGCCCCGCGUAGACCUGGAGCGGACACCCCCUCCUUCCCUUCAUGAUUCGUUUGUAGCGCAGUGGCGAUGGAUGAUGAGGAUGGGAGAUGCUUACUAGACGUGAUUUGUGACCCUCAGGCCCUCAAUGACUUCUUGCAUGGAUCCGAGAAGCUGGACAGCGAUGACCUCCUGGAUGCCCCUGGGGAGUCCCAAAGUGCCUUCUAUGAAGGUCCUGGGCUCCAUGUGCAAGAAGCUCCUGGCAACCACCUGAACCCAGAGCCCAGCCAGCCGGCGCCUAGCGUGGACCUGGACUUCCUGGAAGAUGACAUUCUGGGCUCGCCCGCCACAGGGGGCGGCGGGGGCGGCGGGGGCGCCGACCAGCCCUGCGACAUCCUGCAGCAGAGUCUCCAGGAAGCCAACAUCACCGAGCAGACGCUCGAGGCCGAGGCCGAGCUGGACCUGGGUCCCUUCCAACUGCCCACCCUGCAGCCCGCGGAUGGUGGGGCCGGUCCCACGGGUGCUGCAGGGGCAGCCACUGUGGCGGCAGGACCCCAGGCCCUCUUCCCAGGCAGUGCCGACCUUCUGGGGCUGCAGGCCCCACCCACUGUGCUGACCCACCAGGCCUUGGUCCCCCCCCAGGACAUGGUCAACAAGGCCCUGAGUGUCCAGCCCUUCUUGCAGCCCGUAGGCCUGGGCAAUGUGACCCUGCAGCCCAUCCCAGGCCUCCAGGGCCUGCCCAAUGGCAGCCCUGGGGGGACCACAGCGGCCACCCUUGGCCUGGCACCCAUCCAGGUGGUGGGGCAGCCCGUCAUGGCGCUCAACCCACCCACUUCCCAGCUGCUGGCCAAGCAGGUGCCUGUCAGCGGCUACCUGGCCUCAGCAGCUGGGCCCUCAGAGCCAGUGACCCUGGCUUCAGCUGGUGUGUCCCCCCAGGGGGCUGGCCUGGUCAUCCAGAAGAGCCUCCCGGCGGCCGUAGCCACUACACUCAACGGGAACUCUGUGUUCGCGGGGGCGGGGGCAGCCACGGCAGCAGCUAGCGGGGCACCCUCAGGACAGCCCCUGGCAGUGGCCCCCGGCCUCGGCACGUCGCCACUGGUGCCAGCACCCAAUGUGAUUCUGCACCGCACCCCCACACCCAUCCAGCCCAAGCCUGCAGGCGUGCUGCCCCCCAAGCUCUACCAGCUGACGCCCAAGCCGUUCGCCCCCACGGGCGCCACGCUCACCAUCCAGGGCGAGCCAGGGACCCUGCAGCAGCCGCCCAAGGCCCCCCAGAACCUGACUUUCAUGGCAGCGAGCAAGGCAGGCCAGAACGUGGUGCUCUCGGGCUUCCCGGCGCCCGCCCUGCAGGCCAACGUCUUCAAGCAGCCCCCUGUCACCACCACGGGCGCAGCCCCAUCCCCGGCCCCCGGGACCCUGAACAAGUCCAUGAGCCUCCACCUCCUGAACCAAGGCAGCAGCAUCGUCAUCCCAGCCCAGCACAUGCUGCCCGGCCAGAACCAGUUCCUGCUGCCCGGCACGCCUGCCGUCCAGCUCCCCCAGUCACUCUCAGCCCUGCCGGCCAACGUGGGGGGACAGAUCCUGACCGCCACCGCCCCCCAUGCAGGUGGACAACUCAUCGCCAACCCCAUCCUCACCAACCAGAACCUGGCAGGCCCGCUGAGCCUGGGCCCUGUGCUGGCCCCGCACUCAGGGGCCCACAGUGCUGCCCACAUCCUCUCGGCCGCCCCCAUCCAGGUGGGCCAGCCCGCACUCUUCCAGAUGCCCGUGUCACUCGCUGCCGGCAGCCUGCCCACACAGAGCCAGCCGGCACCCGCUGGCCCUGCUGCCACCACCGUCCUCCAGGGGGUCACGCUGCCCCCUAGUGCCGUGGCCAUGCUCAAUACUCCCGAUGGGCUGGUGCAGCCGGCUACCCCCGCUGCCACCACCGGGGAGGCCACACCGGUCCUCACGGUGCAGCCCGCUCCCCCAGUCCCCCCAGCGGUCAGCACGCCACUGCCUCUGGGCCUCCAACAGCCUCAAGUGCAGCAACCCCCACAGGCCCCCACCCCUCAGGCUGCUGCCCCACCUCAGGCUACCACCCCCCAGCCCAGCCCAGGACUGGCAUCCAGCCCGGAGAAGAUCGUCCUGGGGCAGCCACCCUCUGCAGCCGCCACGGCCAUCCUCACUCAGGACUCCCUGCAGAUGUUCCUGCCCCAGGAGAGGAGCCAGCAGCCCCUCUCCACAGAGGGCCCCCACCUCUCCGUGCCUGCCUCGGUCAUAGUCAGCGCCCCGCCUCCCGCCCAAGACCCAGCCUUGGCCACCCCCACCGCCAAAGGAGCUGGCCUCGGCCCUCAGGCCCCCGACAGCCAGGCUUCCCCGGCUCCAGCCCCCCAGAUCCCAGCAGCAGCUCCACUGAAGGGCCCGGGCCCCUCCUCGUCCCCCUCACUACCUCACCAGGCCCCUCUGGGAGACAGCCCCCACCUGCCCUCCCCGCACCCUGCCCGGCCCCCGUCACGCCCCCCUUCCCGCCCCCACUCCCGCCCCCCCUCCCAGCCCCAGAGCUUGUCCCGCCCGCCCUCAGAGCCAGCCCUGCACCCGUGCCCCCCACCCCAGGCGCCCCCCACUCUGCCCGGCAUCUUUGUUAUCCAGAACCAGCUGGGUGUACCCCCACCAGCCAGCACCCCAGCCCCCACUGCCCCUGGCCCCCCCCAGCCCCCCGUACGCCCCCCGUCCCAGCCACCUGAGGGUCCACUGCCCCCAGCCCCCCACCUCCCUCCUACCUCCACCUCUUCGGGGGCGGCCUCCUCCGAGAUGCCCACCAGGUUGCCAGCCCCCACGCCGCCCGACUUCCAGCUCCAGUUCCCGCCUGGCCAGGGACCCCACAAGUCCCCCACCCCCCCACCAACCCUCCACCUGGUCCCCGAGCCCACGGCGCCCCCCCUACCGCCUCCUCGGACCUUCCAGAUGGUGACCACCCCCUUUCCAGCGCUGCCCCAGCCGAAGGCUCUUCUGGAGAGAUUCCACCAGGUGCCGUCCGGAAUCAUUCUCCAGAACAAGGCUGGGGGGGCCCCCACCGUCCCGCAGACCUCCACCAGCCUGGGGCCCCUCGCCAACCCCACUGCCUCUGUGCUGGUCAGUGGGCAGGCCCCAUCCGGGACCCCCACCGCCUCCAGCCAUCCCCCUGCCCAGGCACCCAUGGCCACCACAGGCCUCCCUCCUCUGCUUCCUGCCGAGAGCAAAACUUUUGCCAGCAACCUCCCAACCCUGAGUGUGGCCAAGGCCACUGUAUCCGGGCCAGGGAAGUCCUCCGGGCUGCAGUACGAAAGCAAGCUGAGCAGCCUCAAGAAGCCCCCCACGCUGCAGCCCAGCAAGGAGGCCUGUUUCCUAGAGCAUUUGCACAGACACCAGGGCUCGGUCCUGCACCCCGACUACAAGACGGCCUUCCCCUCCUUCGAGGACGCCCUGCAUCGCCUCCUGCCCUACCACGUCUACCAGGGCGCCCUCCCCUCCCCCAACGACUACCACAGAGUGGACGAGGAGUUUGAGACGGUCUCCACGCAGCUGCUGAAGCGCACCCAGGCCAUGCUUAAUAAAUACAGGCUCCUGCUCCUGGAAGAGUCCCGGAGGGUGAGCCCCUCGGCUGAGAUGGUAAUGAUCGACCGAAUGUUCAUUCAGGAGGAGAAGACCACCCUUGCCUUGGAUAAACAGCUUGCCAAGGAGAAGCCAGACGAGUAUGUGUCUUCCUCACGCUCCCUUGGCCUCCCUGUCUCAGCCUCUUCUGAGGGUCAUCGGCUGACUGGCCACGGCCCACCAUCGUCCUCAGCUUCCGGGGCCUCAGCCCAGCCCCCUCCACACCUGCCCACCAAGCUCGUGAUCCGCCACGGUGGAGCGGGUGGCUCCCCGUCGGUGACCUGGGCCAGGGCAUCGUCCUCCCUGUCCUCCUCGUCCUCCUCCUCUGCGGCCUCAUCCCUGGAUGCCGACGAGGAUGGCCCAAUGCCCUCCCGCAACCGCCCACCUAUCAAGACCUAUGAAGCCCGGAGCCGCAUCGGCCUCAAGCUCAAGAUCAAGCAGGAGGCCGGGCUCAGCAAGGUCGUGCACAACACGGCCCUGGACCCUGUGCACCAGCCCCCGCCGCCGCCCCCUGCCGCCCUCAAGGUGGCCGAGCCCCCGCCACGGCCCCCACCGCCCCCGCCGCCCACGGGCCAGAUGAACGGCACUGUGGACCACCCGCCGCCCACCGACCGCAAGGCCGCAGUGCCCGCCGCGCACUGCCCGCGCCUGCCGCUCCGGAAGACCUACCGUGAGAACGUGGAGGCGCCCUGCGCCGCGGAGAGCACAGGCAGGGCCCGGGGCGGCAGUCCCGCCCCGCUGCCCACCAAAGUGGACGAAGCCACCAGCGGGCUCAUCCGCGAGCUGGCAGCCGUGGAGGACGAGCUGUACCAGCGCAUGCUGAAGGGGGCCCCGCCCGAGCCCACAGCCAGCGCCGGGCAGGGCGGGGGCAGCGGGGAGGCCGCCUGGGAGGCGCCCCCGCUGCCACCUGCCAAGCGGCGCAAGUCCGAGUCCCCCGAUGUGGACCAGGCCAGCUUCUCCAGCGACAGCCCGCAGGACGACACGCUCACCGAACACCUUCAGAGCGCCAUCGACAGCAUCCUGAACCUCCAGCAGGCCCCCGGCAGGACGCCCGCACCCCCGUACCCUCACGCCGGCCCCGCGGCCGUCACGCCCACCUCGCCGUCGCCCCUGCACAGGCCCGAGGCCUACCCACCCUCCAGUCACAACGGCGGCCUCGGCGCCAGGACGUUGAACAGAUAACACCGGCUGGUCUUCCCUUCCCUGUCGCGGCCACCAGGGCGUCCGCUGGGCAUCCGACCAUAGCCUCCUGGGGGACACAGCCGAGCCGGGGAUCCCCUGACAGUUCUUUUUGCCUAAGUUAUUUGAGUCACAAAGGCCUCCUCCCCGCCUCCUGCCUCUGCAGAGUGGGCAGAGUGGGCGUGGGCUUAGGGGAGGGGGCUGCAAUGGAGAAUGGCCCCAGCCAAAGGAGGGGCGUCCUGGUAUGUCAGUUCUUGUUUCUUCCCACUUUCUGCCACCGCCCGCCCCUGUCUGGGGACAUGUGCGAGUGUUUGCCUGGGAUGGGGGUACCUGGUGGCUCCCACUGCUCACCUCUAGGUACCUGAAUGUGUGGAUCCACAGAUCAUGGCCCAGGGCGCUGGAGCUGGGGGUGUCCUCCCGGGUUCGCGCAGCGUCUCCCCAGCGCCCCCCACUGGCUGUAAAAGGAAACCGGAGAAGAGGCCAGGAGCCAGUGUCCCAGAUGGCCUGGCUCGCAGACGUGCGUGUGCGUGUCCAGCCCUGUGCCUGGUCUCGGGGUGUGUGUGUGUGUGUGUGUGUGUGUGUGUGUGUGUAUGUACGCGUGCGUACGCGUGCGUGGGCGCGCGUGCAGGUGAGAGAGGUUCCCACAUGCUCCCACCCCUCCACUUUGAAAUCUGAGCAACAGAAAACUGGGGGCGCCUCCCCCUUCCCCCAAGGUCUUCCCUCUGCUCUUCCUGCCUCCAGCUGCCCGCGCCACGUUUUGAAAUCUCGGAGACAAAACUAGUACUGUAAGAUAAAUUUUUUUGUACUGUAUUUAUUGUGUAUAACGAUUUUUUUAAAGGAGAAUUCUGUACAUUUAGAACUCUUGUAAAUU